GAAAAAAAUCAACCGAAGAUAGGCCACAGCAAACUCUCCACUCUCCACUCUCCAUUGGCUGACUGCGGCCUUGAAACCAUUUGGCGAAGUUCAGCAGCGCCAAUUUUGAAUGGCCACCGCUGCAGAUUUUUGCCGCCUCAAAUUCAUGCCGUCAUCUGUAAACUCACCAUUCCACCACCACCACCAGCACCAUGGCUUUGGCUUCAACUAUUCCAACAAGUAUGAAUUCAGCUACUCUGGUCGCCGUAGCUUCCGUGUCAACUGCCAGACUACCUCCGGCGUGGAGUCCAGCAGCAAAGUUUCCCAUUCCGACCUUCAAUUGGCUGCUCUUGUUGGGAAAGAUCGUCUCUCGAAGGUGCCGACUUCGAAUAUUAGGAAUUUCAGUAUAAUAGCGCAUAUCGACCAUGGGAAGUCGACGCUUGCGGACAAGUUGCUUCAGCUGACAGGGACUGUGGAGAGCCGAGAAAUGAAGGACCAGUUUCUGGAUAACAUGGAUUUGGAGAGAGAAAGAGGAAUCACUAUCAAGUUACAGGCUGCUCGGAUGCGUUUCACGUAUGAAAAUGAACCACAUUGCCUGAACCUCAUUGAUACUCCUGGUCAUGUUGACUUCUCUUAUGAGGUUUCACGUUCUCUUGCUGCCUGUGAGGGUGCUCUUCUGGUGGUAGAUGCAUCCCAGGGAGUUGAAGCUCAGACACUUGCUAAUGUCUACUUGGCUUUGGAAAACAACCUGGAAGUUAUACCAGUGAGUUGA